GCCCAUAGUUGUCAAGAUUAAAGAUACUUCAGCCGGAGAAGUAACAGCUCAGAAGAUGCAACUAGAUCGAGUUUGGAACUUGGAAAUAAAUAAAAAAAAUCAUGGUGGAACUCAAUGGAGAUAGACAAGGAAGUGAUAAUGGUUCAAACUUGCUUGUGAGAUUUCCCAUAUAUGUCCAGAGAUGGGGUAGGACGCCAGAGGCUAAAACACGCCUUCAAUGGCAACUUAUUGAGGAGAAUUUCAAGUUUGAUUAUGUUGUUGGAAUGAAAUGGGUGAUGCAUUCUUUACGCUAUAGAUGGAGGGCCUAUAAAUAUAAGUUAAGAUGUGACCACUUCUAUCCAAACAAACGUAUGGAAGAGAUACUUGCUAAUCUUCCCCCAAACGUGGAUUCCACUGAUUGGACUGCUUUUGUUCAUCACUAUAAAGAAGAUAGAUUAAGAUACAAAGUGCACAAAAUACGAGGAAUAGAACAAAACUUAAAGUCUCGUAUGCCGGUGGUAGCAAAAGUAACGCAAGGAGAGGUCGCCAAAUGUAAUGAUAGGAACGAAAAUUGGGAAGACCGGUGUGUCAAAGUGAAGUUGUGUUGUCAACUUUAUUAAAAAGAAUGGUAAUUAUGUGAAUGAACAUGGGAAGAUUUCAGCUGAUAAAAUAUUGGAGCAUCUACCUGAAGAUCAAGAACAUGCUGCCACUUUAGGUGUUCCAUUAAAGAUAUUGGCUCAUCCUAAUGAUGCCAUUGGAGAAGUGUAUGGAGCUGAACAUUCUGGUCGUGUGCGUGGUAUAGGUGGUAAUGUUUCUCCUCGAGCUGCUUUUGGGAUGCCUAGACAUUCAAUUAUUCAUGUAAAUGUCGGUACUUCCAAUAAUAUGUCUCAUCAACGUGUUGAAGACCUAGAGAAACAUGUAGAAACUUUUUAAGAGAAGCUGACCGGAUAUGAAGAGACCAAAGAAAAACUUGAUGAGACCAAAGAAAAGCUUGAGGAAACUAAGAAACGACUUGCUCAAAAUGAGAAUCACUUGGCAACUCUUCAUAGGUUUUUACAAGUAAAAUUUGGUAGUGAAUUGCCUACUUUCAACAUAGAUUCUUCUUAGAUUAUGAUGUAGCUUAAACUUUUAGCAUUUUGAUUACAUUAGCAAUACUUUUGCUAUCUUUUAUGAUGAAACUUGGCUUUUGUUAUAAUAUAUCACGAAUAUACUUUUCUUUUGUUUUAA